AUGACGGACUCAACCACAGAAACUGGUGCCUACGAUGCAUCCUCCAUUAACCUCCAAGAAAUCCACGAUUUCUUAGUAUCAAUCGCCCAUGCCGCCGGACAAAUGAUCACAACCGCCCGACCCAGCAAUUCAAGGACGGGUAGUAAAACAAACGCAGCAGAUCUAGUAACCGAAACAGAUCGUGCGGUGGAAAAGAUGGUGAGCGAGAGGAUUCAAGAGCGCUAUCCCGAUUAUCAAUUCAUGGGUGAAGAAACCUACAAACCCGGUGACACUCUUACUCCAUCCCCAACCUUCAUCGUCGAUCCAAUCGACGGCACCACAAAUUUCGUCCAUACCUUCCCAUACGCCUGCAUCUCCCUAGGUUUCACCAUAAACCUGAUCCCAACGAUCGGUGUAAUCUAUAAUCCCUUCACAAACCAACUUUUCACUGGUAUAAAAGGCCAAGGCAGUUACCUAACCUCUCCACUCCACGACCGUGAAAGACUCCCAUUAAAACAUCUAGAACCAUUUUAUGACGAGAAUGGAGCUGGAGGGUUAAGUAACUGUCUUGUCAUUGGAGAAUGGGGUAGUGAUAGGAGUGGGAAUGAUUAUGAUAUUAAGGUCAAGACUUUUAGAAAGUUAUGUGCUGAUAAGAAGGACGGUGGGGCUAUGGUUCAUUCUAUCAGAUCCCUGGGUUCUGCGGCGUUGAAUUUCUGUGGAGUUGCAGCUGGUUGGGCUGAUGUUUAUUGGGAAGGAGGGUGCUGGGCUUGGGAUGUCUGUGCGGGCUGGGUGGUGCUUAAGGAAGCUGGAGGGGAGAUCGUGGAUGCCAAUCCAGGAAUGUGGAAGGCGAAGAUUGAUGGGAGGAGGUAUUUGGCUGUUAGGGGUGGAGAGGGCUGGGAGGCUGUGGUGAAGGAGUUUUGGGGGUGUGUGGAGGGGGAAUUGAAGGUUGGAAUGGAGUAA